CCAAUGGCUAAAGUCAGCCACUCCAUAGUGCUCACCUUUUUCUUCAUCUUUUGCAUUACCGUUGGCACGGUUGAGUCAUUAACGGAUACCGGGAGACACUCUCGUCGUUCCCGAGCCAGGACCUUCAUCGAGGCCUCGUGUCGGAGCACCAGCUAUCCGGCCCUAUGCAUUAAAUGUCUCACCGGACACAUUAAUUCCACUACUCCAAACUUGCAGCAACUGGCCCGUACUGCGUUGACGAUGAGCCUAUACCGAGCUCGUUACACAAGGUCGUACCUAGUGAAUGUGGCUAAAGAUCUCAGGGCAAUGAAAUCGAAGGAGUAUCGACUGGUGAGAGAUUGCUUGCUGCAGAUAGACGAUAGCGUCAACCAGCUUAGCCAAUCGAUCAGAGAGCUCCAGCGAUUAGAUCCCAAAGCUAAGAUGACCGAUGACAUAUUUUGGCACAUAGAUAACGUGGAUAGUUGGGUUAGUGCUGCCUUAACUGAUGCUAGCAGCUGCGUCGAUGAGUUCCCGGGGCACAGGAUGAGUAAAAUGAAGGCCACCAUCAAGAGCAAGGUCUUGAACGUUGCACAGCUAACAAGCAACGCACUGGCCUUAUUUCACCAGUAUAGUGCAAGGUAUCGAGGAGCUGCCAUUGAGCAGCACCCAUAAGGUUAAUUGGCUCGU